AUGAAUAAAUUGGAAGUACAACUUUCCGAGCUGAUCAAGACAACCAUUUCUGAAGAAUAUAAAUCUUCCUCAUCAUCCAUAUCAUUGAACAGGAUUCAAUACUUGUCUAUACUUGAUCAUUUAGAAACAAUCAUUAAAAAACAAAAACAAGAAUAUUUAUGGGAAUUGAUUCAACACGUUCCGAUGGAAGUGAUGGUAGGAAAUAUUUGUCCAUAUUUACCUCUCGGAUUUUUAUUGAAUGGAUCUAUGUUUUUAGUGUGUAAGAGAUGGUAUGAAGGAAUUUAUGAAAGUGAAGGCUUUUGGAGAUUGGUUUUUACUCGGUUAUGGAAUGGAUUUAUAAAAACUCGAACACGUUGGAAUGAAAUUUCCCAAAAUGAUCACCCACAAGAGGAUGAAUAUAUUCGUGACCUGAAUGAAGUUUCUUCUGAUCCAUCAGAUUUCAAUCAUGAGACUGAAAAGUUUACAAGUAAGAUGGAUUGGAAAUAUUUAAGAAAAUAUUGCAUGAUGAGGAGAAGACGAUUUUUGGAAGCCGAUCAGCCAUUUAUUUCCUACAAAAUUGACUGUUACAGAACGAGUAUAAACCUGGACAUGAUGAAAAAUUAUAGCAAGUUUUUUGACUGUUUUUACUUGAAAUCAUUGCGAUCGGAUCAACAGGUACAUCAUUUUGGAAGUUGUUCCAAUUCCGAUGAAGAUGGCUAUUGUUAUAAUGUGGCAAUGCGACUGGAUUGCUUUAAUUCGUUAUCUCCUACAUGCAUUGCAGUUUAUGUGUUUUGUAAUGUGAGUUCGUUAGGUCAUAAUCGAGCCAGAGUUGCAGUUGAUAUUGAUGCAGAAAAGAUCAUGACAUUGAGUGACGAUGAUGACAAUGAUGACUCAACAAUGAACAAUGAUUAUACUCAUCAUUCACACAGGCUUCAACUUUAUUCAUUUCACAUCCUGUCGUACGAAGUAGAUCGCUUUUCGAGAGAAACAGUCAAUUAUCUUAAUGAAGAGAAUAUGUCAAAGGUGAGAGCUUGGUUUGGUAGUGACAAACAAACAGCUGCAUUGAAAAACCAUGAGUGGUUGUAUGUUCUUUUUGCUUCCAGUUCACUAGAAAUAUUAAAAGAGAUGUUGAGAAGCCAUUUUGUGCCCCUAAAUGAUAUGAAUACUGUACUGCUUGACAAGAUGGUCACUGGCUUAUCCAGUAAUGAGCUUUCAAUUUGA